CCCAGGGAAGCAUUAGCCGUUACCAUGGAGGCAGGGGCAUUCCACACCCCUCUGUGCUGGUUUCACAGAAAGCUCUGCUUCCGUUUCACUUUCAGCUGGAGACUUAAUGACACCAAGCAAAGCCUCCUUAGUGUAGAUUUCCAGAAACUAGAUGGUGAAAACGCAAGCAUGAAGUUUGCAGGUUUGUCUUGUGUUUUUCUGCUUAUCAUUUUUCAAACUGACUUGGGACAAAACGAUGAAAGUCCCAGGAAGCAAAGGUGGAAGAUGGAUGACAAAAGACUGAAGAAAAGUUCUUCGCCUAACCACAGGUCCAGCAGACAGCCCAGAAUUCAGCAAACAACGGCGGUGACGCCAGUGGCGGCUCUUCCCCUGGCUAACUUGGAUUCUAGUACUGAGGAGAAGUUUGAAUCCUUUUUCAGUGUUCAUGGAGUAGAAUCAAGCUACAAUGUGCUACCAGGGCGGAAGGGCCGCUGUGCGGUGAACGGGAUGACCAUGUACCACGGGGCUGCGUGGUCACCGGAGCCCUGCACCACCUGCCUGUGCGCCCACGGAAGGGUGCUCUGCGACAGGACCAGGUGCCCGCCUCUGCGGUGCCUGCGCGUGGCCACCCCCGAGGGCGAAUGCUGCCCGGUCUGCUCGGAAUCCGAACCAAGAGAACCUCCUGAUUCACUUCAUCGGCAACAGCCUCCUCCUUGGGCGGAACUGGACCAAGCACUGAAAAAAGAGAAACUUCUGUCUGAGGAGGCUGAAGGAAUGAAAGAAAAUGAAGACAGGGACCAAAGGAAAACGAGCCUGGAGCCCGGGGACCGAGGAAGACUUGCUGCCCAGGGGCAGCGCAACAGGGCCGAACAGAGGCCUGGAGAGGAGGGCAGGCAGGCCCGUCCCCACGGAAACACAGCCGAGGAGGAGGAGGAGGAGGAGAAGGAGGAGGAGGAGGAGGAGGAGGAAGAGGAGGAAGAGGAGGAAGAGGAGGAAGAGGAGGAGGAGGAGGAGGAGACCAGAGGUGUGUUACAGGUGCUGUCCCGACUCCCAGCCGGUGCUCCUCCCAGAAGCAGGCCAGCUCUGCCCAGUGGGUGCUCUCUGUCCUUCAGGACCAUCAGCUGCAACGGUGCAGGCCUCACCCAGAUCCCACCCCUGGCAGCGCCCGAGGUGACAAGCCUGGAGCUUGCUGGCAAUGCCAUCGUCUCCAUCCCAGAGGAAGCGUUUUAUGGACUGCCGAAUGUGGAAAGGCUUGAUUUGAGCAACAAUAACAUCACCUCCUCAGGCAUAAGUCCAAAAGCAUUCAAGCCGUUGAAGAAGUUGGUGCACCUGAACUUGGACGGAAACAGCCUGGCAGAGCUUCCCUCGGCGCUGCCGCCAACCCUGGAGGAACUCAAAGUCAGCGAGAACGGGCUCCGUGCUGUCGACGGGGAGCGCCUGUCAGGCUUAAGUCGAUUGGUUACCUUAGAACUGGAAGGAAACGAACUCAGUGAAACCAAUGUCAAUCCUUCAGCUUUCAGACAUCUGAAGAGCCUGUCCUACCUGCGUCUGGGACGAAACAGAUUUAGAAUUAUACCACAGGGUCUUCCUGCUUCUAUCGAGGAAUUAUACCUAGAAAAUAAUCAAAUUGAAGAGAUAACUGAAAUCUGUUUCAAUCAUACCAGAAAUAUCAAUGUCAUUAUACUAUGUUACAAUAAAAUUGAAGAAAAUAGGAUCGCUCCUUUAGCCUGGAUAAACCAAGAAAAUCUCGAAUCCAUCGACCUUUCCUACAACAGGCUCUACCACGUCCCCUCCUACCUCCCCAAGUCGCUGCUGCACCUCGUGCUCCUGGGGAACAGGAUUGAGCGCAUUCCUGGCUACGUGUUUGGCCACAUGGAGCCAGGCCUGGAGUACCUGUACCUGUCAUUUAACAGCCUCUCUGAUGACGGCGUGGACCGAGUCUCCUUCUAUGGCGCGUACCAUUCUCUGAGAGAGUUAUUUCUGGAUCACAAUAACUUCAAGUCGAUACCACCAGGGGUACAAGAAAUGAAAGCACUACAUUUUCUGAGGCUGAACAACAACAAGAUACGGCAUGUUCUCCCAGAACAAAUCUGCAAUGCCAAAGAAGAUGACGAUUCAACACUGGAGCAUCUUCAUCUUGAAAACAAUUAUAUUAAAACAAGAGAAAUAUCACCCUAUGCAUUUUCAUGCAUAAGAUCAUAUUCAAGUAUUGUUCUUAAGCCACAGAAUAUAAAGUAAUUCCGCAUGUUCUUUGUCAAUUAAACCUGUAUUUAUAUAUUUACUGUAGCAGCAUUUAUCAUCAAGAAAGACAUCAUGUUAUGUUAAACUCAGUAUUAUUAAGCUAGUAUGCCUGACUCAUUAGAGAUGAACAGCCAAAAAUACAUCUAGAAGGUGUAGUCUUCUAGGACUUUUAGUGAAGGCUUCAGUUUCACGCUGGAGAAUGAAGCCAUCCCCCUGGAGGGCUCCCUCAGGAAGCAGGAGGCUGUGCACUGCGGAGCAGACUGCGAGAACCUGGGACAAAGUAUGCUUGUCCUUGACCAGCAGCCUGUGACCAACGCUAUCAGUGGACACUUGAAGGCCAUUUAUACAAUAAAUAGUAUAAGUUCUGUUUCAAAACCAGGAAGUACGCAGAAAAAAUUACUGGUGGAAGUUAUGAAUGAGUGUUCUGUUUGUUACUCCAAUGUUAAAACAAUAAUAUAUUAAUUUUC